UCCAAUUAAAGAUAUUAUCUCACCCACCUUGUGUGUCUCAUAGAAACAGCGAGGCAUUUUCCUUCACUAAACUGUUGGUGUGCUUUGGAAUGUAGACCUGCUGUGAAGGUUCUUAGUUCUACAGGGUUGAACAGAUUUUGUCUAGGUUAGGUAGUGGGUAAAUAACUUCAUGCCUCACUAAUAUUUUAAUAACUUCUACAAUUCUAGUGGAUUCUCUGUUAAGCCUAGGGUCUGGGUGCUUUGCCAUCCCACUUCACAUGGCAAGUCAUGGCUGUGUAAGGCAGUGGUUCUUGACCAGGAUUCUGAAAUCCCCUGGGGGGCUGCAAGCAGGUUUCAAGGGGUCUGUCAAAGUAAACCAGAGAGCAGAGCCGGUGUUAGACUCACUGGGGCUCAGGGCAGAAAGCCAAAGCUGCACAGGGUUGAAGCCAAAGCCUGAGCAAUUUAGCUUUGCAGGGCCCCCUGUCAUGAGAGCCACAGGCAGUUACCCUGCUUGCCACCCCUAAUGCCAGCCCUAGCUUUUAAUCUACUAGAUGUGCAGAAAAACAGUUGUGGCACAGAUGGUCCAUGGAGGUUUUUAUAACAAGUUGGGAGGAGCUCAGAAAGAAAAAGGUUGAGAACCCCCGGAGUAAAGAAUAUAGCUAAAAAUCUGUUCCCAGUAAAGUGAUGUAAUCAGGAACUGGUUGUGCACGUGCUGCUUACUUGCGGUGUUAAAAUAUUGCUAGUUAAAUCAUACAUUGCAGAAUAACUUCAGUAAUAACCUUAAAUCUUUCAAAAAAGUUACAGCUGUUCUUAACUGCCUUUUAACAUGUUUGGUAUAUUUUAGACAAAGUAUACGCUGAUAGAUGAACAAGACAUUCCAUUAGUGGAGAGUUACUCUUUUGAGUCCCAUUAGCAGCUGUUGUGGUGUGGUGAGGAAAACAUAAAUUCUGAAGCAACAAGUGUGGGCACUACAUGACUCAGUGGCUCGGAUGGAGGUAGAUGCUGAUGGAAAUGGUGCUAAAAUAUUUGCUUAUGCUUUUGACAAAAACAGAGGAAGGGGAUCUGGGCGUCUGCUGCACGAGCUACUGUGGGAGAGGCACCGGGGAGGGAUUGCCCCAGGAUUUCAAGUGGUGCAUCUGAACGCAGUGACAGUGGACAACCGACUGGACAAUCUGCGUUUAGUCCCAUGGGGAUGGAGACCCAAAGCUGAAGAUGUUUCUAGUAAACAAAGGGAACAAAGUCUGUACUGGCUGGCGAUCCAGCAGCUUCCCACAGAUCCAAUAGAAGAGCAGUUUCCUGUGCUGAAUGUAACGCGGUAUUACAACGCUAAUGGGGAUGUUGUGGAGGAAGAGGAAAAUUCAUGCACAUACUAUGAAUGUCACUACCCCCCAUGCACAAUGAUUGAAAAACAGUUACGUGAAUUCAAUAUAUGUGGCCGAUGCCAGGUAGCAAGGUACUGUGGGUCUCAGUGCCAGCAGAAGGACUGGCCUGCUCACAAGAAGCACUGUCGGGAGAAGAAGCGAACCUUCCAGCAAGAGCUCGGACCAGAACGAUGACCAGGUGGCACAGGCCUCUCAGCAGCAGGAUUCCUUCUCAAAGGCAUUGGACUCUUGCUUUUGCACAGUAAUGACAGACUGCUUAUUGAAGCCAGAGGCACUGAAGAAGACAAACCCUGUGAUGCUUGAGUAGAACAGCUGACUGGACUAAGCCAGCUCUGACUGGUGCUGUGGAAAGGGAUUGGGUCCUCCCUUCCAGUAUUAUAUUCUCAAGCAAAAAGACUACUGUGGAGGCUCCAGGCAGGAAGCUUCUCAUUAUUUAUAUGUUAAUAUGUUUGUAAACUCAUGUACAGUUUUUUGUUAGAAAUUCUCAAUAGGACUCAUUUACUGUAAUGUUCAGAUGAGAACACAUUGUUGGCCUACAAGUAAAAAAACUGUCAUGUAGCAAAAGCUUUUUCUCCCAUGUGGCUAAACAAUAUCUGUGGCUGUUCCAGGGCCAGGAGCCUGGCUCAGACAUCAGCAGUUACUCUGGAGAACUCUGCAUGGAAGUUAUAUUUUAAAAAAGCAAAACAAAGUAAAGGGUUGGAAUGAAUUGUUGUCUGGUCUGCUCUGCUCUGCUCUGUAGUUUUCUCCUGUUCCCUUUUAGCCAUUUCUGAAGCUCAGUAACACUUGGUCUUUACAUCUCUUACUAAGCAUUUUCUUUCUAGUACACCAAGCGUUGACACUGGGCCCAGAAUUCAGGGUAUCAUCGACAAGGAGACUGGAAGGGCAUGGAGCUGGUUGAUCCCACUUGCAUUGGAGAAGGGCUGCUAGAGAUCAUGCUUUGUGUUUGCAGAAAGUUAAAUCUGGUUUCUGCUGUCAAACCUUUGCAUGCUCAUGAAUGUAGCCAAAAGAUCUUCUCUUGCUUUUCCAGAUGUUUGUAACUGAUCUGGUAGGUAUAGUGGUUGUUUUGGGAUACUCCUUACUUUAAAGAGAUGCUAUCAAUCUGAAAAUCAUAUCUUUCUGAAUUUUUUUUUACUUUAAUAGUGAAAAUUAACACCGAAAAUGUGGGAGGAACUUUUUUUUUUGACCUGCUUUGGAAAAGAGAAUUAUUUUGGCUCCUUUGCUUUUUUUUAUGUAUAACAGAUACCUUAACGUGAUGCUUACUUCUCCUUAGAAAUACCAGAAACGUCAAAUUUGGGUGCUCUCUAUUGCUUUUGAGGGACUAAAUAGAUAACUCAAAUAUGCAGUGCAAGUUUUCUCAGUCCUUAAUAGAAAGGAGUAAUGUAUUGAAUUCUUAAAUAGCUUUUCUGCAAGUUUUUAGUGAAAUAAGUGUUAACCUAAAGAACCUGAAAAAAAUCACUUCCGUUGGAUUUCACUUCUUUGGUACAUGGGUCAAUCCUAGUUCAUUUGUAUCGAGAGUCUGCCAUGGAAAAACCCAGUAGUUUUACCAGUCAUACUCGCAUAGAUA